CUGUGCCAUAUCCUGUAUUUAACAGGCUCUUCACGCAGAUCUCAGGGAGCGCAUCAGGCGUUGCACACAGGCAAAGACGAGAGAGAUCAACGGCUCGAACAUGAUACUUUCAAGGUGAUGUGGGAGCUUGCAGGACAGGGUGGUUCUGCGGAGCACUGCCUGCGCCGUAUCACGGAGCGUGAAUACUUUCGGGACGAGCUGAACAUGCAGGCCCACUGGAUGCCCAACUUCCGGCAGAUCCCCACCGACUCCCUUGUGGCUGACGCCAAGUGUGGCUACUCUUACAGCACCUACACCGUAGAUCCUCUUCGAUACAUCAACUAUUUACUGGCGCGCUUCUUGGCACAAGGCGGAACCGUGGUGCGAGGGAAGGUGCUACACAUCAACCAGGUAUUAGAAGGCGGCGUCGACGUCUUUGCCCGCGGCAUUGCGUCUGCAACACCCAUCGACGCCGUGGUAGUUUGUACCGGCCUCGGUGCACGGACCCUUGGUGGCGUUGAAGACCAGUCAGUUUAUCCCAACAGGGGUCAAGUCAUUCUUUUGAAGGCCCCGUGGAUCACCGAGGCGUCUCGGAUCAGUGACUCGACUGGAGGUGAUCAAACGUACAUCAUUCCGCGGCAGAAUGGAAUGGUCUCGCUGGGGAGCACCAAAUCUCCGAACGACUGGCUUCCUAUCGUUCGUCCCGAGGUCACAGAUGAUAUCCUCCGACGCUGCCUCAUCCUUUGCCCCGAGCUCGUCCGCCGGAGGUCCGCACGGAACGCUCGGGUACCAUUGAAGACCUGCGCCCGUUCAUCGUGGAGGCAGGAUGCGGCUUCGACCUGCUAGAGAGGGCGGGAUCCGGCUAGAAUCCGAAUGGGUUCAACCUUCCAAGGAUGAUAGAAUCAAGAAGACGCUGUUGGUGUACAACUACGGACACGCUGGAAAGGGCUACGUAACGUCAUGGGCCUGCGCUGCAGCUGUGAUCGAUAUGCUCGAGGAGGGCCUAACGGAAGACUGAUGUCAUACUCCGCGUCUAAAGAUCUAAUCCCUGA